UCGAUCUUCGACUGGCCCGGCUCGAUCUUUAAUUCACCGCCCCGCCUCGAUCUUCGACUCGCCCGGCUCGAUCUUUGAUUCACUCCCCCCCACCAAACCCCCCCCCCCCACCGCCUCGAUCUUCGAUUCUCUCGGCUCGAUCUUCGAUUCUCCCGGCUUGAUCUUCGAUUCGCCAGCCUUGAUCUUUGAUUCUCCCGGCUCGAUCUUUGAUUCGUCCAGCUCGAUCUUCGAUUCUCUCGGCUCGAUCUUCGAUUCUCCCAGCUCGAUCUUUGAUUCGUCCAGCUCGAUCUUCGAUUCUCUCGGCUCGAUCUUCGAUUCUCCCAGCUCGGUCUUCGAUUCGUCCAGCUCGAUCUUCGAUUCGUCCAGCUCGAUCUUCGAUUCUCCCGGCUCGAUCUUCGAUUCUCCCCCCGCCUCGAUCUUCGAUUCUCCCAGCUGGAUCUUCGAUUCGUCCAGCUCGAUCUUUGAUUCUCCCAGCUCGAUCUUCGAUUCGUCCAGCUCGAUCUUCGAUUCUCCCGGCCUCGAUCUUCGAUUCCCCCCCCCACUCCAACCCCCGCCUUGGUCUUCGGGGAGCUCGAUGGACCUUAACUCCUCCUACAGCAACCUGACCUGCCACCCAGCGGUCAUGCAGUAUCGGUACUUUGGCGCGACGCUGGGCAUCCUGGUGACAGCCGUGGGGGGCGUGGGCAACGUCAUGACCCUGCUGGCCUUCGUCACCGACCCCCGGCUCCGCACCCGCUUCAACCUGCUGAUCCUCAACCUGACCGUGUCCGACCUGCUGUACUGCGGCUUCCUGCAGCCGGUCACCGUCGACACCUUAAUCCACUUCCACUGGCGGCAGGGGGAGACCAUGUGCCGGGUCUUCGGGCUGACCCUCUUCGUGGCCAACGCCGUGUCCAUCUUCAACCUGAUCCUCAUCGCCAUGAGCCGCUACGUGCUCAUCUCGGACACGCAGCGCUUUGACCGGGUCUACUCACGCCGCACCAUGCCGUUGUUCCUGGUGCUGCCCUGGCUGCUGGGUCUGGCCCUCUUCGGACCCCUCUGGAGCAUCUACGUCUUCCUGCCCCCCGUGUGCACCUGCAGCUUCCACCGCAGCCGCGGCCGGCCCUACACCACCAUCCUCAUGUUCUUCAUGUUCGGCUUGGGGCUCAGCUGCAUCGGCGUCUUCUACCUCCUCAUCCACCGCAAGGUCAAGCUGGUGGCCAGGGCCCUGGAGGAGCACCGGAUGAAGACCAAGGGGGAGCCGAGGGCACCGGAGGCCUCAGCCACCGACAGCGGCAUCGCCGAGGAGCGCAGUGCCUGCUCCCAGGCGACUGAGGGCACCAGCGUGGAGGGCGAAGUCCCCUCUGGCCGCAGCGUGGCCCCCACCGGCGCCGGGGAGGUCAGGGUCGCCGCCGGCAAGGCCAAGAGGGGCGGCGGCGGCGGCAACAGCGAGUUCAAGAAGGUGACCCGCAUGUGCUUUGCCAUGUUCCUGGUCUACGUGGCCUGCUACCUCCCCUUCUGCCUGCUUCACGUGGCCGACAAGAGGAAAAGGGCCCCCGUGCUCCUGCACAUGGUGGCCGGGAACUUCACCUGGUUCAACAGCUGCAUCAACCCCAUCCUCUACGCCAUCAUGAACCGCCAGUUCAAGGAGGCCUACCGGGGGGUCCUCCACAAGGCCGCUGGCCUCUUCCGCUGCCGGAGGAGGCCGUAGGAGGUCACCCCGACCAUCAACAACCACCCCCCCCCCGCCCCCCACCCACCCCC